AUCGUACGUGUGUUUUGUUCUUCCUUGACAGUGUGUGUUCUUUCUUCUCCCAUUUCUUCCGCCCGGGCGCCCUAGGACGCCCGUCUUUGGUCGAUCGAGAGGGGAUCGCGGGAGAUCGGCGCGCAUCCAUACAUGCGAUGCGCUUUGCUGCCCGGCUCCAAGGAUCAGGGUUUGGAUUGUCGGUAAUAUAGCCCUAUCUCCAGCCGGAUUCCAAUCGAUCGAUCGAGCUGGGCCGGGGCGGCGGCGGCGGCAGGGGAAUGGGCGAGAGCCAAGCGAGCCUCCUCUUGCGCAAGCAGUUGAAAGAUUUGACAAGAAAUCCUCUGGAUGGCUUCUCGGCGGGAUUGGUGGACGACUCCAAUGUGUUUGAGUGGGCCGUGACCAUCAUCGGCCCCCCGGACACCUUGUACGAAGGCGGCUAUUUCAAUGCGAUCAUGAGCUUUCCCGGGAAUUAUCCAAACAGUCCUCCCAGUGUGAGAUUCACUUCCGAUAUGUGGCAUCCAAAUGUCUAUCCGGACGGCCGUGUUUGCAUCUCCAUCCUUCACGCUCCUGGAGACGAUCCCAAUGGCUACGAGCUGGCGAGCGAACGAUGGUCUCCGGUUCACACGGUAUGCGUGCUUGAUCCCGAGCUCUCAAACUUCUUACUCGUCGUGUGUGCUUCUCAGGUAGAAACCAUUCUAUUGAGUAUAAUCUCGAUGCUCUCGAGCCCCAACGAUGAAUCGCCAGCCAACAUCGAUGCCGCGAAAGAGUGGCGAGAGCGAAGAGAAGAAUUCAAGAGAAAAGUAAGCCGCAUUGUAAGACGCUCGCAGGAAAUGCUUUGACAACGAUGAUCGGGCAUCCAAAACAUUAUUUGACUACGGUGGCGCGGGCGAACUGGGGAGAAAUGGGAGAUUUGUGGUAGCGAGUAUAUCAACACAUUCUAAUUAGUCUAUAGAGCGUCGGAUAAAAAGGAGAGCUUUGAGAAUUUGCAAGAACCAUCAAGAACCCUAAAAAUUUGUAUUUGAAAAAUCUGGAAAUUGGUCUUUGUC